AUGUUUGCCGGUUCUGUGGCUACAGUGACCACUGGUUUACUACUUCAGGACAAGAUAUGUGUCAAUAUUUACGGGCAAUCCAAUGAUUUUUGUAUGCAUUUUGAUUCAAUCAAACCAUCGGAGGAUCCAAACAAAUAUAAAGAUAAAGUGUUAGCCCUCUCCACUCAAUUUGGUCUUUACGGUACACUGUUGGGAACAAUUCCAUCAGUGAUUUGGUCCCUAUUUAUCGGUGCAUUUACUGACAAAUUCCUGAACGGACGCAAAAUUGUGAUGUUUUUGUCCAGUCCUUAUUAUCUACUGUUGACUUCAGUACCGGCUCUGUUCACUGGCGGUGGUUUUGGCUCAAUAAUGGCAGUCUAUUCUUACGCUUCAGUUCAUACCAAUGAAAAGUUUCGUUCAAUACGUUUUGCAAUCAUUGAAUUCAGCUUUUUCUUAGGAAUUCCUUUGGGGACAUUCGUUGGUGGACAGCCAGACCAACUAAACAGUGAUGAAGACAGACAAACACUGGUAGACAACGAGGAACUCGACACCAAUUCCAACAAGAAUACCGCUCCAGAAGUAGUCAUACAACCAGAGCCAUAUCCAUCAGAGAAUGUUAAGGAUGUCUGGAAGUGUUGUUUCCAAAAGCGACCUAAUUCUGGACGAAUCCAGAUAUGGCUGAUGUUUAUGACAAUGAGUGUAAUGAUUAUGUCAUUCAUGGGCGCCGGUAAGACACAGUUCCAGUUCUCCGAGAAGGUGUACCUGUGGUCCGCCACCUACUACUCCAACGUACACUCCAUCAGCUCUAUAGUGAACAGUGUCUUAAUGACAAUAUCAGUGCCACUGUUUGUGGUUAAACUGAGACUAAUAGACACACAAAUUGUUAUUCUGGGUCUCGUGUCGUUUAUUAUGAGCCAAAUAGUGGUCGGCUCUUAUCAACACCCGAUUGGUUACUAUAUCCAUGUUGUCAUUGGUUCGGUGUCGGGUAUGGUUUCAGUGGCCAUUAGGUCUAAAAUGUCAAAACUCGUCAAAAAAGAGGAAUUGGGAAAAGUAUUCAGUUUGUUAUCAACACUUGAAUCCGUGUCCCCAUUACUGGCAUCCCUUGUCUUUACGUUCAUAUUUGAGUGGAGUUUAGACUUCUUUCCCGGUCUUACGUAUGAAGUAAGCGCUGCCCUAAUGAUUGUGCCGUUGAUUGCUAUGGUUUGGAUUGAUGUGACCAUUGACUCCAAAUGGUGUGACAUAACCAUACAAGACAAAGCGUAUGCAUUGGGUGCCAAUAGUUGUGGUUUUCUGGGAUUAGGACAUACCUGUGCCGUCAAAGAGCCCCAAUUUAUCGAAGAAUUGUCUUUUAAAGGCUACGAUUUCGUGUUCGCUCAGACGGCAGAGGGAGGGCUACUGGGAUGGGGUCAUAACAAUAAGGGUCAGUUAGGCCGGGGUGAUACAAAUUAUGGAGUUUUCCUUAAGCCCUUGGAAAUAGAUUUUGGUGAACACGAAGAGAUCGUACAAAUAAGUUGUGGCAAAAACCACGCACUGGCCCUCACAUCAAGUGGAAAGGUGUACGGAUGGGGUGACAACAGCUCAGGUCAGAUAGGUGUCGGCAAAUUCACUGAUCAUAUCUCUACACCAAUAAAAGUGGGAUCAAAAUCUGGCAUUAAGAAUAAAAUCAGAUAUGUAUUCGCUGGCUAUGAGACCUCCUUUGCGAUCACCAUUGAUGGACAGGUAUACAGUUGGGGCAGCAAUGAGUUCGGUAUAUUAGGCAAUGAGAGCACCACUACCUCUUGUGUCCCCAGACUUAUUAAUGGCCUCAAAAAUGUCGUUAAAGUCUGUAGUAAUCGAUUGAAUACCUAUUUCCUGACGACCAAUCAAUUUGUGCACUUUUGUGGUGCAAUCAAUACAACGAAUUACGAAUUCUUUUCAAAGCCUAAGGUUUUUAAUAUGCCCAAGGUUAUUGACAUCUAUUGCCCAGGGUUUGAAGCCAAUCCUCUGGAAGUGUUGGUGGCCAGUAACUUCAUUUAUCAAUACUAUAAGAACCAAUGGUUUAAAACGAAAUUCGGGAACUUCUUUGAAUAUCUGAAGGGAAAACAGAUUACAUAUAAAGCCAUUCAUUUAGAAAGCGAUGGAUUUGUUUCCACUAUUGAGUUGUAUGUUAAGCCUGAAGAUAAGAGCAAAUAUUCAUCGCAAAUGUUUACAAAGGAAUCGGUCCGUUAUCAAGGCUUUCAAGAAUUCCAGACUAUGACAAAACUCGAGAGUAAUUCAAUUGUCCGAUAUAAGAGGGCCUGGAUUGAGGACAACCAGUUUGUUUACAUUCAAAUGCAAUUCUGUGACAAUAACUUGAAGAAUAUUCUGCAGAUCAGAAAAAAUGCAUUUAAUAGGCAUUCAUCGGACACUCUCAUUGGUUUCACGGAAUUCUACUUAUUAUGCGAAAUGUUUAUUGAGAUAAACAAUGGAUUACUUUAUUUGCAUUCAUUGGAUCCGCCAAUAAUUCACAGGGAUUUGAAGCCCGAGAAUAUUCUAGUGGUUGAGCACAAUAGAAAUGGAUAUUUUGUGAAAAUAUCUGAUUUUGGUUUAUCUGUAUUUCAUUCACCCGACUCUCAGUCUCACUCGAGGGACGCCGGCACUGAGAAAUAUAUGGCACCGGAGGUUAAGUUCAGCAAUCAAUAUGAUAUGAAAUGUGAUGUUUUUAGCUUCGGAUUGAUAGCCUGUGAGAUUUCAGAAGACGAGAUAAAGAGAAAUAAAAUCUCAAUACCAGACCCACAGUUCCUACAGUUGGUUAAUACCUUGUCCUCAAUGAUCAACCGAUUUCGUAAGGAUAGGCCUACGAGUGCUCAGAUUUUGACACAAAUUUCAAACUGGAAGAUCAAUAAGGAUGACUUGGAUUUACUAAACGACUUCAACGCUACUAUUCAUUCACUUGAAAACUUUGAAAACAAAUUUUUCCACAAAUACUUAAUUAAAAAGAUUUUACCAUAA